CCUUCAUUCUCACACUCGUCCCAUUCACUCUCUCGCCAAAAUCAAAUUCUGAUUCAGAGGCAUUCCUCCUUUUUAGGAGAUAGAAAAGUCCACAAAAGCUCGACCAUGUCCAUCAAUUUACAGUCUCAUGUGUUUGCGGGCAAUCCUCUCAGAAGCAAGACCCCUAAACCAGGGGACUCUACUUCUCCAAACUCAGCCUUUGAAACCUUGAAAGAUUAUCUUCUUCUGGAGAACCCCAAUGGCAACCAAUCCUUGUUGAAUUUUAAGGUCUUGCCCGUCAGGAGAGGUAGGCCUUUGGCCUCUUCUUUGGCUUCCGCCGAUGAUUCCGUCCCGGUUUGGCAUCUGGGUUGGUUAAGUGUAGCUGAUUGCAAGGUUUUCAUGGGGGGAUCUGAUGCUCGUUUGACGGAGGAUUCGUUUGUUUACCUGGGUACGGAGUCUGAUGCCGAUCUCGUCUAUUGGGCUAUCGAUGUUUCUUCUAUGAGCGGCUCUGUUUCUGAAUUGGGUGACAGGCGAUUUUGCUUUGUAGAGCUUCGGACGUUGAUGGUCGCCACCGACUGGGCUGACUCCCGCAUGAUGCAGGAAUUGGCCAUUGCGGGUCACGCUAGAGCAUUGCUAGAGUGGCACGGCAUAUCACGCUUCUGUGGGCAUUGCGGAGAGAAAACAGUGCCAAUGGAGGCAGGGAGACGGAAGCGAUGCUCAAACGAAUCAUGCAAGAAAAGAAUUUAUCCUCGUGUUGAUCCGGUUGUAAUCAUGUUAGUCAUUGAUAAAGAAAAUGACCGUGCACUUUUGAGUCGACAAUCACGAUUUGUACCUCGUAUGUGGAGUUGCCUUGCUGGAUUUAUAGAGCCUGGAGAAAGCUUGGAAGAGGCAGUGAGGAGAGAAACAUGGGAAGAGACUGGUGUGGAAGUGGGGGAAGUUGUUUAUCAUAGUUCUCAACCAUGGCCUGUUGGACCAAACAGCAUGCCAUGUCAGUUGAUGGUUGGGUUCUUUGCGUAUGCCAAGUCAUUCGACAUACAAGUGGACAAAGAAGAGUUAGAAGAUGCUCAAUGGCACAGUAGGGAAGACAUAAAGAAAGCUUUGACCUUUGCUGAAUAUGAAAAAGCGCAAAGAACAUUGGCUGCCAAGGUAGAGCAAAUGUGCAAGGGUGUAGAGAAGGGGCAGAGUUUUUCAUCAGAUUUCAAUGUGGAAAGCGGGGAGCUCGCUCCCAUGUUCGUCCCUGGACCUUUUGCCAUUGCCCACCAUCUGAUCUCUUCGUGGGCCCAUCAAGUUGGUGUUGCAGCACCAUCAAAGCAAUCUAAUUCUAUUUCAAAUUUGUAAUACAGGGAACAUCUCACCUCUUUGUCAUCAGUACAUCAUCAAAUCCUUCAAAGCCUAUUUUGCUUUGUUGCUGGGAUAAAAUCUCAGGAUGUCUCAGAUGGAGGAUCUCCUUGUUUGAUAUUGUUCUCUUUUCAGCCAUGUUGAUUCCUUGAGGGCUUUCAUGUGUUGUAUUUGAGCUAUAUUUGGUUUUAUGUACAUAGAUUGUGUAUAUGUUUGUUACCCCAAAAAAAAAUCAU